AUGUCAUUUUGUUUGAAAGACGUCGCGCUCAAGUUGCACUAUGCCCUUGCUAAAGAGCGCGCCGUUUGCUAUGUGGCUGAGAUCACCCUGCGCAAGGCCGAAAGAGAGUUUUCCGAAAUCAGGGGUUUUUGUGCCCAGGAGGAGGCUGCAAGAAUUGCAACUGAGUCUGCCUGUGCCAGUAUGGGCGUUGCAAUGGCAAAUCUGGAGUUAGCUCUAAGCGCCGCCGAUGCCGCACAGACUGAUUCGUUGGCCACUCAUGCCGAGGUCAAGCGUAAGGCCGAGGCUGCUUGCAGCGAGGUGAUUGAGCUUGCUGUCAAGAACACAACUGGCCGGCAGCGGAUGGCCAACAUCAACGGACAGCUGGACGCCGCCAAGCAGCAAAACAGGCUGCUUCAAGAGCAGGUGCAAGUGCUGCAGCGCGGCGCCAACAAUCAUGUGCAUAAUUUCAAUGAGAUCCACGACAAGCUUCCGUACCUAAGAAAGGUAGUUGCAAACUACAGCACGGCCGCAGCUGGUGGCCAAAACGUUUGGAUUUACUGUAGUGCCACACUUUGUGCUGCCACUGCAAGCGAGCUGGCCAGGCGCUGA